AUGCUUCUCAGGUUCUCCGACCUCCAUCGCCUCCUAAGAGUUACUGCGUGGUGUUGCCGAUGGCGAGGCAACCCACCGAGCUCCAGGGAGCACCUCCCCCUCGCGCCUGACGAGCUAGAGGCAGCCCUGCUCCGUUGGAUCCGCCUGGUGCAGGCACAUCACUUCCCCAAGGAGAUCGCCGCUCUGAAAAGGGGCAACGCGUCAGUCAAGGGUCAACUGUCGAAACUGACCCCCUUCCUCGACAAUCAUGGCAUUAUUCGAGUCGGGGGCCGGCUGAAGCACGCUGUGCUCUCACCUGAUGAGCGCCAUCCGAUCAUCAUGCCUCCAGAGUCAUGGUUGACUCAGCUCCUCGUCCGGGCACACCACCGGCGAACGCUCCACGGCGGGGUCCAGCUCACUCUUGGACUGCUCCGCCUACGCUUCUGGAUUCCUCGAGGCCGCUCCCUCGUCAAGGGCAUAAUCCACCGGUGUGUGACGUGCGCGAGAUGGAAGGCUGCAGCACCGCAGCCUAUAAUGGGCAAUCUCCCGACGGCACGAGUCACUCCAGCACGCCCGUUUCUGCGCACCGGGAUCGAUUACGCCGGACCGAUCUUGAUACGAACCGCAAAGGGGAGAGGUCACAAGGCGCACAAGGGGUUUAUCGCCGUUUUCGUCUGUCUCGCUACCAAGGCCGUGCACCUGGAGGUCGCGUCAGACUACUCCACCGAAGCCUUUCUCGCUGCGUUCCGGCGAUUCACUUCCCGUCGGGGCCUCUGCGAGGAAGUCUAUUCGGAUUGCGGCACAAAUUUUGUCGGCGCCAAUCGGGAGCUGCGCCUUUUGUUCCAGGCGUCGUCAUCCGACGGCCGGCGCAUCGCUCACAGUGCCGCAUCCGACGGGAUACAGUGGAAGUUCAAUCCGCCGGCGGCACCUCACUUCGGCGGGCUUUGGGAGGCAGCGGUGAAAUCAACCAAACACCAUCUGCGGAGAGUCCUCGGAGACACGACCCUCACCUUCGAGGAAAUGUCUACCUUCCUCGCGCAAGUGGAGGCGUGUCUCAACUCCCGUCCUCUUCAAGCCUUGUCCGACGACCACGACGACAUCACGGCACUCACUCCCGGUCACCUUUUGAUCGGGGCCCCGCUGCUGGCCGUGCCCGAGCCCUCGCUGUCAGACUGCAAUCCAAACCUCUUGGCCCGCUGGAAACUCCUCCAACGGAUGCGCGACCACUUUUGGGAGAGAUGGUCUCGAGAAUUCAUUAACUCACUGGCUUCCCGGCCAAAGUGGCUGAAGGACACCGUCAGCCCCUCCGUAGGCGACCUGUGCCUACUGCGGUCGGACGUCACACCGCCGACCAGAUGGCCACUCGCCCGGAUCGUCCAGCUGCACCCUGGGGGUGACGGCGUGACACGAGUGGUGACAGUGCGCACCGCGUCCUCGGAACUCCUCCGGCCGCUUGCCAAAAUCGUCCUCCUGCCCGGAGCCAACACCACAGCACCAACAACCCCGGUCUCGUGA